AUGGAUGAAGAUAAUGUGGCCAGCAGCGACGAGCAGCCCCUGAGUUUGCAGAAAGCCCUGCAGCAGUGCGAGUUGGUCCAAAACAUGAUAGACAUCAGCAUCUCCAACCUGGAGGGACUCAGGACCAAGUGUGCCACCUCCAACGACUUGACCCAGAAAGAGAUCAGGACACUGGAGAGCAAACUGGUGAAGUACUUCAGCCGGCAGCUGUCCUGCAAAAGGAAGGUAGCGCUACAGGAGCGAAAUGCAGAGCUUGAAGGGUUCCCGCAGCUCAUGCACUGGUUCAGGAUUGUCAACAUCCGCAAAGAAGUAAUGGAGGAAAUUGAUCCUGGGCAGCUGACCUUAGAAGAGCUGAUGGACAUGAGCGAUGAUCGGGUGUGCGAGACCCUAGAAAAGUUUGGUGCCAGUAGUGAGGAAUGUGAUCGACUUAAUGCAUCUCUCUCAUGUCUAAAGAGUGUCCAUAAAUCAGGAAGCAGUCUUUCAAAGCAAGACUGGGCCAUCCAGUGGCCAGCAACAGAAUCAGGGAAGGAAAAUAAUCCCGUCACCCAGCAGGAGACUGCCCAGUGGAUACGAACCCACCUGUCCCAGAGCCCCAAAGUACAGUCUAAAUGCAUACAGCACUACUGCCGUUUGCCAGUGGCUCAUGGGCCCAUCUAUACAAAUGUUGAUAGAUUGACAGUUGAAGCCUACCCAGGCUUGUACCAACUUUCUGAGACUGGGCAUCGAUCAUUACCACCAUCCCCACGGCAGAGGCACACAGCUCACAACAACCCACCACGAACACCUAACAUAGUGACGACUAUGACUCCUCCUGGUACACCCCCUGUGAGACGGAAGAACAAACUUAAACCCCCAGGCACCCCGCCUCCUUCAUCCAGAAAACUCAUUCACCUCAUUCCUGGAUUCACUUCUUUGCACCGAAGCAAGUCCCAUGAGUUCCAAGUAGGGCAUCGAGUAGAUGAAUCUCAUACUCCCAAAACAAAGAAAAAGAACAAACCUCUGAACCUCAAGAUUCACAACAGCGUGGGCAGCUGUGAGAAUAUCCCAUCGCAGCGCUCUCCCCUCCUGUCCGAACGCUCCCUACGUUCUUUCUUUUUGGGCUACCCGUCUGUUCUUCCUUCUACUCCCCCUGUCCAUAAUGAACCUUCUUCUGCAAAUACACUUUCAGUGCCUCGUUGGUCCCCACAGAUUCCACGCAGAGAUCUGGGAAAUUCCAUCAAACACAGAUUCUCAACCAAGUACUGGAUGUCACAGACCUGCACUGUGUGUGGAAAGGGAAUGUUGUUUGGACUGAAGUGUAAAAACUGCAAGCUAAAGUGCCACAAUAAAUGCACCAAAGAGGCCCCACCUUGUCAUCUACUAAUCAUACACCGGGGAGAAAGAUUAGUCAGGACGGAAUCUGUGCCAUGUGACAUCAAUAACCCUUUAAGAAAACCUCCUCGCUACUCAGACCUCCAUAUUAGCCAAACCCUCCCUAAAACCAACAAAAUUAACAAGGACCAUAUUCCAGUGCCCUACCAGCCAGAUUCCAGCAGCAAUCCUUCCUCUACGACAUCCUCCACACCAUCCUCACCUGCUCCUCCUCUUCCUCCCAGCGCAACCCCACCCUCUCCUCUCCACCCAUCCCCACAAUGCACCCGCCAGCAGAAGCCGUUCAACUUACCAGGGUCCAACAACACGUCUCAUCCAUGUACCUCAUCUUUGCUUCAAGGCUCCCAUUACUACAAAUACAAACAGCAGUUCAUUUUCCCAGAUGUUGUGCCUGAAAUACCAACCCGAGCUCCCCAAGUAAUCCUUCAUCCAGUAAACUCUAAUCCAAUUAAUGAAGGAAAUCCAGUACUUCAAAUUGAAGUUGAACCAACGUCUGAGAAUGAAGAUGGCAAUGAACGAGCAGAAGAGUCUGAAGAUGACUUUGAGGAAAUGAACCACUUACUGCUUUCAGCCAGAAACUUUCCCCGUAAAGCCAGCCAGACCAGUAUAUUCUUGCAGGAGUGGGAUGUUCCAUUUGAACAGCUGGAAAUUGGGGAGAUGAUUGGCAAAGGCCGAUUUGGUUUGGUUUACCAUGGACGAUGGCAUGGAGAAGUGGCCAUUAGGCUCAUUGACAUUGAAAGAGACAAUGAGGACCAGCUGAAGGCUUUCAAGCGGGAAGUAAUGGCCUACAGACAAACGCGGCAUGAAAAUGUGGUUCUCUUCAUGGGCUUAUGUAUGAGCCCACCACACCUAGCAAUUAUCACCAGCCUUUGUAAAGGGAGGACACUAUACUCAGUGGUCCGGGAUGCAAAAAUUGUCCUAGAUGUCAACAAAACCAGACAGAUAGCUCAAGAAAUUGUAAAGGGAAUGGGUUACCUGCAUGCCAAGGGGAUUCUUCACAAGGACCUCAAGUCAAAGAAUGUUUUCUACGACAAUGGCAAAGUGGUCAUCACUGACUUUGGUCUCUUCAGUAUAUCUGGUGUGCUGCAGGCUGGGAGGCGGGAGGACAAACUCCGAAUCCCUAAUGGUUGGCUGUGCCAUCUGGCUCCAGAAAUCAUUCGCCAGUUGUCUCCUGACACAGAAGAAGACAAGCUUCCAUUCUCAAAACACUCUGAUGUAUUUGCACUGGGGACAAUUUGGUAUGAGCUGCAUGCAAGAGAGUGGCCUUUCAAAAGCCAGCCAGCUGAAGCAAUUAUUUGGCAAGUGGGAUCAGGGAUGAAGCCAAAUCUGACCCAGAUUGGAAUGGGAAAGGAGAUCUCGGACAUUCUGAUGUUCUGCUGGGUGUUUGAACAAGAAGAAAGGCCAACUUUCACUAAAUUAAUGGAGAUGCUGGAGAAAUUGCCAAAGCGGAACAGACGUCUUUCCCAUCCUGGGCAUUUCUGGAAGUCAGCAGAGCUGUGACCGUCAACCCUGGGGUGGUGCUGUGGCAUCCCAGUAUCCCCUCUUCCUCAUCUGCCUUCUCCCCAAACACUACUCUUUUCCUUCUCAAUCUGUGGAAAAUCUGAAGGUGGAAUGUAGGACGGUGAGCAGACAUGAGAAGCAGAUGGAAGUUCACUCGUAUAUGUGAGGAACAGAGGUGUGCUGCCCACUCUGUAUAAACCCACAGGUGGAUGGGAACAUAGCUCUGAAAUCUUCUCAGAGACUUAGUGCUGGAGAGUUGAGACUCUGCGCUCAUUUGGCCAGAGCUAGUGAAGUUGAAGAAAUAUGUCUUUAUAUGCGCUGUAUUGAUUUAUAAGGAUCAGUUUUGCACAUACCUCUUAACUGAACCUGAUUAUGCUCCGCUUACAGGCUAGACGCAGCUGCAGAACACUGUGACAUCAUAGUCCUGUGGCCCUUGCUAGCGGUAAAGGUGUAUGUGGUUGGGGAAACUCAGUCUUGACUAAGGAAAGAAAGUCUGUUGUAUGUUCACAUUAUUAUGGAAAACAGAUUCCAAGAAAACAAUUUUAUUUUUUUUAGGAUAUAUAAAAUGAACGUAGUCGGUUGGGAGAUCUGAAAUCAUCUUCCGAUUCCAAUUUCUGGACUGAAAAGUGAUUGUCUAUCUGUGGGAUGCUUCAUAAGUUACUAUGAUCUGUGGGAGCUUUUGUGUACGUGUUUUUUAGGCUAUAACUUGUCACUGAUAGCAUGAUGCAUUCUACUGACCUCAUGGGAGGAAUGCAAAGAUAAAAGGGAGAGCUUUUUAUUGAGCAGAAAUGUAGCACAGAACUAAAAUAUUUUUUUUCAUAAAGAUCCAUUUCACAUUUUUAAACAAUUUCCUGACAGACAGACAUCCUACUGGUCCAGCCUUAAAUCAUACUCUAACAAGAAAGUGUUGCUUAGUCAAGAAAUAACAAUUAUUCUGUGCUGUACCAAAGGCUAGUUUUUACGUUGCAGGCUCUUUCCCAAGUGAACUCUUUAUUUAAUGAAACUGGAAACAGUGCAACCUAAAGAUUGAAGGUGCACUGCUUUUUUGCUUCUCCAAGAGUUAAGGCUUGAAAUUGAUCUAUAGAGUCAUCAUUUGCAAUCCAAAGGCAAGAUGUGCAUGGUGUAUGGGCUGAAACCCUUCCCCUGAUGCUCUCUUCAUUUCUAUUUUAGCCUUUUGAGGUUUAGAGAUUUGUUUUGCAAGGAAUAUUGUUUAGUAUUAGGAACAUUUUCAAAGUUUCUGCUCUCAUUUGAGAAAUUGAACUAAUUUUCAAUGUUGUUUAGUGGUUGAGCCUUAAAAAUGACUGUUUCGCUGGCAGGAGAAGAUUUACAAUAUCCGAUAUUAAAGUAAAAUUCAAAUACAUUUUUAGCAAACACAUGGAAUUAGUUCUGUCCUAUAUUAAAUGUAAAGAUCCUCAGCAGCACAAAAAUGAAAGCAACUAUAUCAUGCAGCUACCUAGUGUUUCCAUCAUUUUUGUAAAUUGCAGAAUAACCACUUUGAGUUUUCCUCUGUUGUUUCACUCCCUCUCCCUCCUGAGUUUAAUCCCAUGACUGUAAAUCCGCUACUGUAUCAUGUAAUGUACUGUCAUUGAGAAAGGAAAGAGCAUCUGCUGUGAGAAUUCCUCCAUUGUUUCUUGGUGCCUUUCUCAGGGACUGAUAAGUAAACCAUGGUCAAUUUUAAUAAGCAGUAACAUUACUUACCUGUUAUAAAAACUGGGCUAAUCAUUUCAAAUUUAGCAGUUCAACAAUUAAAGGAUUGUCAAACUGUUUUUCCCUGAAUGGAAUUUGCAUUAGGGAUUUAGGAUUCAGAUAGGAGUUAGUGUUCAGUGCUGCUCCUAAGAUGCACUGAACACUAAAAGCAGCUGAAGAACUCUGAUAAAUUUUGAUUUUCGUCUGGAAAAUUUUUAUAAACAAAAGGUAAAAAAAAUCUAACUCCUGGGAAUACUUCUGGCUUCCCCAAUUUGAUCUUUGUUUCUAAGCAUUUAAUUAAUAUUUUAACUAUCAAACUCACUUUCAGUUUUUCUUAGGACAUGAAGCGCAGUAUAUAUCAAGAUUGAAUAAAAAAUAUUUUAUAUUACUUUGAAGGAAAGUGAUUGACUGCAUGUUAUUUAAUAUAUUCUGCAGCAUUUAGCCUACAAUUUGUUACUGGAAUGCAUAGAUGUAAAUCUUGUAUAAAGGAGCAGCAUCAGAUUUACUGAAGGGAAAUACAUUAUGCAUAAGAAUGAAUCCAAUUCAACCAUACCUUUCUGUGUAACGUGUGCCAUUUGUUUAAUAUCAGAAUCAGGUUUUGAUCGUUCUUAAUGGAACCCAUUUAUUUGCAGGUCACUUGGAAGUAUUUUGAGCCAGUGGGCCAGAGAUAGGCACAAUUUAGGGUGAAUGAAGUGUAAUGCAAGGAUGUGCCCACACAAGUCUUUUACCUGUUGCUAAGCUAAAACUUUGAGCACCCCCAACAGCCAUUGGCUACAGAAAUACAGAGUCAGGUCGUUUAGCAGCUAUAAGGAUGUAGGCUGAAUAUCAAAGAUGUAAGUCAAAACAAAUCUACCAGUUAAUAUAUAAUGCAAUAACAUGUAUUUUGUAAAUGACCUAAGGACAUUAUCUGGCAUCCCUUGAGACUGGCCCUACUUGCCCUUAAAGCUCAUGCCCUGAAGCAACAUGUUUCAUGUUGUUUCAGUAUUGGUGAGGCUUUAAAUGACUACUCUAUUAACAACAUUUUAUCUCUUUAGCACAUCUUUUAGAACCAGGCAAUGCUAAACAAUGUCUCCUCAAAAAAGGACUAAAACCUUUCAUAAUAAAGAGCUUAAUAGAAGGGGUUUUUUUUAAAAGAAAAUCACUGUGAUCUCCUGUAAAAUGAAUACAUUUUUCUAAAAGGUUGUGUUCUUUAGUUUCUCUGACUUGCCCUUUACUUAGCUGUGGUCAGGCCUAGCUCUUUCCAACACUGCAAAUUCAUUUAAUAUGACUUAACUUUUCUAUACAUAGUAUGUAAUAAAUAGCACAUGCAUUAUGGCACAUUUCUUCUCAGAAUUGAAUACAUUUAGUACAUUUAGUACUAAUUUACGGAAUUCAAAAUUCAGAACUGCAUCGUUUUUCGGACAAACAAUUACCAAAUAAUUGUCAAUCACCCAAUCAUCAUCCAAAUGUGCCUUUGUAUAAGACACUGUCAAUACAUUUGAACCACUAGCAAAACUGCGAAAGGGGGUGGUCAUAAAAAUACAUUUCAGUCUCCACUAGGGAUAGGCAGAAUAGGCAAUUGCCUACUUGGGGGUCACCAGCCACACACUUUUCUACCACUUAUCCCGCUGGCCUCACUCAUGCCAGGCUGAUCCUUUAUAGUGAGAGGGACUGUGUGCAUCUGUUCAAGCGUGUGUGCGCAAACAGGGAGGUGGGAGGCAACGUAACUGGCCAGGUUGCCUAGUGCGUCUGGCCUGACACUGUCGGUCUCCAUCUGGGUUAUGGAUUGUCAUCUGUGUGGCCCAAAAUUCAUGUGACUUAGAAUGUAACUGUGUAAAUGAAGGCAUUUAUUAUAUUUCCAAUUUACUGUACAAUAAACUAUACACCAUAAUAGAAAAGGACCUAGGGAUUUAUUUUCCAUUUGUCAAAUGUGUUGCUUGACAUAAUACAGGCAAAAUAUAUUGGUUUCCUCCUUUUUUUAAUUCCCAUCAGAACCAGAACUUUCCUCCAAUGGGAGCCCUCCUUCUCUUUCUAAAGGUGGCCAUACACAGGCACAUUUAAGCUGCAGAUUCAGGUCCUGAUUCAGCAGCUUAUCUGCCCGUGUAUGGGGCCCUCCGACAGGCCUCCCUGUUUGGCAAAAAUCAGCCAGAUCUCGAUCGGGCUGGUUCGAUUUUUCUGUUAGCUCGAGGACUGCAUCGCCUCAUUGAUGUGGCCCUUGCUCCAUAGGUUCAAACAAUUGCAUUACCACAAUAUCACCCACCCAUGUUAGUCCUGUUUCAGGAAAGAUUUGCUUGUUUGGCGACCUUGCAAAAUGAGCAAAUCUUACAAUGUAUGACAACCUUUAGGCAUGUUGCCUUGUAGCAGUGGUUCCUUUUCUCCUGCCAGUGUGUGUGUUUUUAAUAUUGUGGCUAUAAGGGAACCAAUCAGUUCCAUAAAUACUUUUAUCCAGAUUUAAUAUCAUGGUCUUUGGAGCUUUUGUUAUGAAUAGUAUUUUUGACUCUGCUCAGUCUAUAUAGAUAUAAACUGGUCAUGCAACGUGGUCACUCCUUGCCAUUGCUGCUCCAUCUGUCAUUUAGGAAAUUCUAGAUUAGGUAUUCCCAACCAGUGACUCGCGAGAAACACAUUUCCCACCCUUGGAUACUGCUCCCAGUGGCCUCAAAGCAGGUACUUAUUUUUGAAUUCUUGGCUUGGAGGCAAGCUUUGUUUGCAUACAUAUACUACCUGACAGAGCCUCCUGUAGGCUUCCAGUCCUCAUAGGGCUACCAAAUAAUCACAGCACUUAAUUGGAACUGCUAUGACCUUUUUUCAUGCUUGUGUUACUCUUCAACUCUUUUAUCCCUAAUUGGAAGUGGCUUAUGGGUAAAAAUGGUUGGGGACCCCUGUUCUAGAAGAGUGACGUUAAUUAAUACACUGCAUAUUUUCAAGAGUCCACAGGAAUAGCUAGCUGUUAUCAGUUUAUCAUAUCUGUCUCAAUUAUUAUUGCACAUCAUCCUACUCAAACAUUCUAUAAAAGCAAUUUUUUUUAAAAACUUAAAGGAGUUAUUUACUAAAUUCCGAAUGCCAAAAAUUCUAAAACUU